AUGUCUUUUAAAUCAAAAACGCUUAGCGUUUACGGAGGAGCCGGUGGCCGAGGAACCCGCAUCUCCACUCCUUCUUCUUCAAGAGGUUUCAACCUGGCUGAUGCUGUGGAUGUAACCGCUGAUGAGAAGGCCACUAUGCAGAAUCUGAACGGUCGUCUAGCUUCAUAUCUAACAAAAGUGCACUCGCUGGAGAAGUCCAACUCUGAAUUGGAGAAAAAGAUCAAGGAGUGGUACGAGAGUCACACUUACACCUCGACUGACCACUCUAAACACUCGGCCGUCAUUGAGGACCUGAAGGAAAAGAUUCACUCAUUUUUAAAAAAUAAUGGCAGGAUCAUCUUGGCAAUAGACAACGCCAAGCUAGCAGCUGAUGACUUCAAAACAAAGUAUGAGAGUGAGCUGGCCAUGCGUAAAAUUGUUGAAGCUGACAUUGCCGGUCUGAAAAAGUGGAUGGAUGAGCUGACCUUGGGGCGGUCAGAUUUGGAGAUGAAUAUUGAAGGUCUAAAUGAGGAGCUCAUUUUCCUAAAGAAAAACCACAAGGAGGAGAUGGCUCUUGUUAGGACCGAAGCAGGUCAGGUGAACGUUUGUGUGGAUGCAGCGCCCUCUAUGGACCUGCAAGAAGCCAUGACAGAAAUCAGAGAGCACUAUGAGGCCGUGACUGAGAAAAAUCGUAAAGAGCUGGAGUCUUGGUAUCAGAAGAAGAUCUGCAAAGUGGAACAGGAAGCUGUCACACAUACCGAAGAGCUUCAGGUCAGCAUGAUCCAGCUUAAAGACCUGAGGAUCAAGUUACAAAAGCUAGAGAUUGAACUGCAGGCUCAACAAAGCAUGAGGUACGCCAGUGAAGAUACGCUGGAGGAAACGCAGGCCCGAUCUGGUACCCAGUUAACUAAACUUCAGGGGACUGUCACUGGCCUGGAACAUCAGCUGAGUCUUUUCCAUGCCAACAUUGCUAACACCAAGCAGGAGUAUGACGUACUGCUGGACAUCAAGGCCCGACUGGAGCGAGAGAUCGCAGAAUACAGAAGACUGCUGGAUGGAGAGGAAAGGUAA